AACCAAACUUCAGGGACCAAAUCCUGCAAUUUACUCUAUAUCUAAAUCUAUAUAUAAUCCCACCAUGCGCCCCUAGUCAAUCCCACAUACUCUCUCUCUGUAUCUAAAUUCUUUCUAGCCUUCGAGAGUGAUUUAUUUAUUUAUUCACAAACAUGCUACCGUACCAUUCAAGGCCAAUGAUCAUGAUAGAGAGGACACGAAAGUCCAACAUAGAGCAAGCACCAAAUUGUCCUAGGUGUGCCUCUACCAACACAAAAUUUUGUUACUACAACAACUAUAGCUUGUCACAACCUAGGUAUUUUUGCAAAGCUUGCCGGAGAUACUGGACUAAGGGUGGUUCUCUUAGAAAUGUCCCCGUUGGUGGUGGUUGCCGGAAAAGUCGACGUUCAAAAUCCUCCAGAAAAGACGAUAAUACCCUUCAAACGUCGAGCCCCCUCCUCUCUGAAGCUGCCGGAGCUGACAUUGAUCUAGCCGAUGUUUUCGCCAAGUAUUUGAACCAAGGGGCAACCAGUGAUCAUGAUCAAGAUAAUAUUCUUCAAGAAUCUCCCUUAGCUGAUCAAGAUUCUUCUUCUAUUGGAGCAAGCUUAUCUGAUUCUCCUUCAUCAGAUAGCUUGGUUAUGUUGGAUGAGACCAUUAUGGGUAAUUUUCAAGAUUAUCCUUGUGGUAAUUUCCUUCAACAGGAACAACUACAUGAGGGGGGUUCAAUUCAAGUAGGUGCCGAAGAUUUUCUUGAUUUUAACACAAGCUUGCUUGAAAUGCAAGCCAUGCUUGGGGAUGAAAUAAUAGGGCAAACAGAAGAAUUUGAUCAUUAUAACACGUGGCAACCGAUGAUGCAGUUUCAAGAUUUUGGACCUAUUUUAGAAGAUGAUCAGCUCAUGAAGAAUUCAACACCAAACUUAGCCAGUGACAAUAACAACUAUAGCUCAUUUGAUCUAUCUAACUAUGUAUGAAACCUAAUUUUAAGGUGUAACGGUCAUCUUUUUUUUUCUCUUUAUUUAUUUAUUUUUCUUUAUUUUCUUCUUACUUAAAAAUGACAGUUAACUGUCACACUGUUAAAGAGACUUGUGAGAAAUACAGGAUGAAUAUAAUAAGAAUAUACACAUGCACAAAAAUUAAAAGGAAAAAUAUGUAUUGUAUACACUUCUUUCU